UUCGCUCUCUCCCACUCAUUCUCUCUCGCUCUGCACUCACUCACACACACUUCAUUCUCUCUAUCUAACCUCUGAGGAGUGAGAGAGAGCUCCAUUGAUUCUGCUCUGCAAGCUCUACACAGUGCCCUAGCCACUCCCGGAGCUCCGAUCUGCUCUGCAUUCAGCUAUGUCACUCUAAUUCCCUCUCACUUUCACUAAAUGUCUACCUCCGACCCCAAAACCCGUCUCCGUCCGGGCCCUUGGCCGCCCGCUCCGGAUUCUUCCUCAAUGCCGCCUGCUUCUUGGGCCAAGCGCACCGGCUUCCGCCCCAAGUUCUCCGGCGAGACCAAUGCCACCGACUCCGGCCAGGUGGCUCUUCCUUCGAGGCCCAAGGCUACCCCCGAUGCCCACCCGGAUCUUGAAGCCGGACGCCUCCGGGGGAGCUCUGCUGCCAAUGGGGAGCCCGAGAAAGAGAAGGAGAAGGAUCAGACGGUGAAGAGGAGGAGGGAUUCUGAUGGGUUGCCCAAGGGUUCUGGACAGGGACAGAAUGGACAAGCUUUGCCUCCUCCUCCCGACGCGGCGCCGGCGCAACAACAACCCAGACGGCCGCCCAGAAAUGAGGAUGUGGUUGAUGUUCUGCCGCAGACUGGUGGUGAUGAUGAUGGAUUUGUGGCUAGACACUCGCACAUGAAGUACGAGCUUAGAGAUACACCUGGUCUUGUCCCGAUUGGUCUAUAUGGGUUCCAGCAUUAUAUUUCGAUGUUGGGUUCGUUGGUUCUUAUUCCGCUUGUUAUAGUUCCUGCCAUGGGUGGCACUUACGAAGAUACUUCAAAUGUCGUAUCGACAGUGCUCUUCGUGUCCGGCAUAACCACCCUUUUGCAUACGUCGUUCGGCUCAAGAUUACCGUUGAUACAGGGUCCAUCGUUUGUUUUCCUGGCUCCAGCAUUGGCAAUUAUCAAUUCCCCAGAGUUUCAAGGACUUAACGGGAACAAUUUUAAGCAUAUAAUGAAGGAGUUACAAGGUGCAAUUAUCAUAGCUUCAGCUUUUCAAGCAAUACUUGGAUAUAGCGGAUUGAUGUCGGUAAUUUUGAGGUUGAUCCAUCCUGUAGUUGUGGCCCCAACUAUUGCUGCUGUUGGACUUUCCUUUUAUAGUUAUGGUUUUCCACUAGUUGGUGCCUGUCUUGAGAUUGGCGUCGUGCAGAUACUGUUGGUUAUUAUAUUUUCUCUUUAUCUCCGGAAGAUAUCUAUUCUUGGCCAUCGGAUAUUUUUAAUUUACGCUGUUCCACUGGGAAUUGUUAUCACAUGGGCGUUGGCUUUUUUGCUGACUGAAGCUGGAGUUUAUAGUUAUAAAGGUUGUGAUACAAAUGUGCCUGCCUCAAAUAUAAUAUCUGACCACUGCAGAAAGCAUGUUUCAAGGAUGAAGCAUUGUAGAGUUGAUACUUCUCAUGCACUAAACUCUUCACCAUGGUUUAGGUUUCCAUAUCCAUUACAGUGGGGUACUCCCGUCUUCCACUGGAAAACAGCGAUUGUUAUGUGUGUUGUGUCUGUUAUCUCAUCUGUGGAUUCGGUUGGUUCGUAUCAUGCAGCUUCAUUGUUGGUGGCUUCCAGACCCCCAUCACCUGGUAUUCUUAGUCGAGGAAUUGGCCUGGAAGGUCUUUCUAGCAUUUUGGCUGGUCUAUGGGGUACAGGAACUGGGUCUACAACGCUUACUGAAAAUGUUCAUACUAUUGCUGUAACAAAAAUGGGAAGCCGCAGAGCAGUUGAAUUGGGAGCAUGCAUUCUGAUAGUGUUAUCUCUUGUAGGUAAAGUUGGGGGCCUUAUUGCUUCCAUUCCUGACGUCAUGGUUGCUGCUCUUCUUUGCUUCAUGUGGGCAAUGCUAACAGCACUAGGCUUGUCAAAUCUUCGAUAUAGUGAAGCAGGAAGCUCUAGGAAUAUCAUAAUUGUUGGAUUAUCUUUAUUUUUCUCACUCUCGAUACCAGCCUACUUUCAACAGUACGGUAUCUCCCCAGGCUCCAACUUGUCUGUUCCAAGUUAUUUUCAGCCAUAUAUUGUGGCUUCCCAUGGACCUUUCAACAGUAAAUCUGGAGGGCUGAAUUAUGUUCUCAACACAUUAUUCUCAUUACACAUGGUGAUCGCAUUCUUGGUUGCCAUAAUCCUCGAUAACACAGUGCCCGGCAGUCGACAGGAACGUGGUGUAUAUGUGUGGUCUGAUCCCGAGACUGCAAGGAGGGAGCCUGCUGUUACCAAAGACUACGAGCUGCCAUUCAGAGUCGGUCGACUUUUCAGAUGGGUGAAAUGGGUUGGAUUCUAAAAGAUCAGAUAUUCGAAAUUUGUAUCAGCAAAUUAUUGUUACAUAUCGGUUGCCAUGCGCAUAGCAACACAAUGGUGGUGGUGUGGUUCUGCAAUCUGAUUCCGAAUGUAAGUCCCCUACUGGCCUCUUCACAUAGUCUAUAGUUGUGUUCGGGGUUCACGGGGUGUAUUUUGUUACACGAAACACAUUAGCGGAAUAGGCCUGUUUAAUAGGAGAUACCUGUGUACAUUUUUUGAGGAUCCAGAGUGAUCUGGCUGUGUUGUAAUUUAGAUUAUAAAAUGAUGUAUGUACUAGUUCUGAGUCACUGAAAAAUUGUCCACAGACUAGACUGGAUUUUCAUGCCAUUUUGUGCAAGUUUUGGGAGUCCAUCCAGGUCAGGUCAUGUAUAUUUUCUCUUCUUCCCAUUUAUUUAAUUAGCUUUCUUUCUUUCUUUCUUUCUUUAGGGAUUUCCAGUUUCAGUUCCCUAUUAUUUGUCAAAACUAAAUAUUAUGGUUGACCAGGACUUCAAUCUUA